ACGCGCACGUAUCUAUUACGUUGUCUUUCACAUGUCUGUAUUUAUGCUCCUGGUAUAUAUACCUUGUAUGUUCCUCAUAUCAUGUCAUAUUUAUACAGCGAGCAAGCGAAUCCGUAGCCAGAUCAACGGUUCAUAUCAUCCAAGCCCCCUGACAUGCGUCGUCGUUGCUAUUCCCCGGCUACUAGAUAUAGGAGCCCUCUUUUACCGCUGCUCCGAUACUAACCAUUGCUCUCGUGCACAUGGUUACGGAAAUGAUCUAUCUAUCUAUCCUCCUCUAACACGGGAAGACAGAAGGCUGAGUAAAGCGAGUAGACGUAUUAUACAUAUACAACACCACUCACUCCCAGACUCCGAGACCUUAGCCUAGUCUCAUCAUCUCUUCUUAUCAUCUCCCUCGGCUCGUCUGCGAGAUAAGCUAGGUCGACGACCACUCCGGCCCGCCGAAUCGGCUCAUGGUGCUUAGUUUCCCGUCGCCCAGCUUGACGGAGGCGUGGCGGAUCAUGCGGGGGUCGAGGGCCAACAUGUUGCGCACGGCCUGCUGGGUGCCGACGCUGGCGUCGAAGCGCAUGGCGAAGUAGUGGCCGGAGUGGUGCCGCAUCUGGUGCACGCUGGUGGCCUUGGGGAGCAGGAAGACGCCCCAGUUGGAGAUUCCGCGGAUGACGCCUUUUUGUUGUAGGAUUAGUUGGCCGGCUGUUAGGACGAUUCUGUUGUUUGGGAGAUUUUGCGGUUAGUGGUGUUUUCGCUUCGUGGGUUUGCGGGGGUUGAUGGAUGGUCUCAGGUCAAGGUCGAGACUUGAGAGACUUGAAGCUCGGCGAGGUUGCCGGGUCGGA